AACUGUCGCGUGAAAUAACAGAAAAAGUAUAAUCAGUAUAAUGCGUGAGUUGGUGUGCGAGUAACCAAUUGAUCUUGAUUGCGUUAAAUAACCUAAAUGGAGCAGUUGUUGUGCAUAAACUGCGAAGACAGUUACCAAUCUAUUAUUAGUUAAUUCAAGAGACCAGCUGAUUUCUGAUUUCGCAGAAAUCUGGUACUUGUAUCUUUCACUGCUUUUGUGUUGAACUUUUUGAGUGUUUAUUUAAAAUGACGUUCCUCAAAGAAAACAACAGUGUUCUGAUAAUCCUAGACCGUGAAAUUUUAAAGGAUGAUGUUGAUGACUUUAUAAAAAAUGUAGAAAGGCCUCUUCGUGAUGCCGAACAAUUGACAAUUAUACCAACAAAUGAAUUAGAAACACGUGUUAAUAACGCACCAUCUUACAACGUGAUUAUUUCUGUUUUUAAACAAUCAUGUCCGAAUUACGAAACAUAUUUGGAAGAUUGUCUAAAAAUAAUGAAACCAGCAGGUAUUUUAAUUAUUUAUGAAUCAUUUCAAGAAAAGAAAAAUGUACAAUCUGAAUAUGACAAGAGAAUAUCAAAUUUAAAAUUAGCUGGUUUCAAAGUAAAAUCACCUGAAGAUAUAGAUACUCGGUUAAAAAAUUUAUUGCUUAGUGUAUACAAAGAUAUGGAUAAUGUUUCUGAAAUUGUAGCUGAAAAACCUUCAUUUGAAAUUGGUUCUAGUAUAACGCUUAAUUUUGGGCAAGCGAAACCUAACGUUUGGACAUUAGACAAUGUUGUGGAUGAAGAAUUAAUUGAUGAAGAUGAACUUCUUGAUGAAACAGAUGUAUUGAAACCAGAAGCUUCAAGUUUAAAAGUCUGUAGUACAACAGGAAAACGGAAAGCAUGUAAAGAUUGUACGUGUGGAUUAGCUGAGGAACUAAGUGGAAAAAUUACAGAAGAGAAAAGUGUAAAGAGUUCCUGUGGAAAUUGCUACCUUGGUGAUGCGUUUAGAUGUGCCAGUUGUCCCUAUCUUGGUAUGCCUGCGUUUAAACCUGGCGAAAAAGUUGUAUUACCCGAAGCUCAGUUGCAAAUAUAAUAUAGAAGAAUUUUUGUAAGUCAGAUGCACAUUUUUUUCUUUUUGCAUGUAAUUGUUGUAAUAAUAAUUUCAUUGUAGGUAAUAUAUGUUAUACUAAAUUA